AUGGGUUCGAGUUGUUCAAGUCGAAUGCCAGUUAAUAUUACAACUCCUAUUUCAUCAGAAUGUCAUAUUGUUGCAGAUGGUGAAAAUAAAAUUCAUAGUUGUUUUAAUUCAUCUGUUUCAAAAGAUAUUGAUUUGUAUUUUUACGAUUUUCAUGGUGUUAAUUUAACAGCUGAUAAAAUUCUUCAUGAUCGAUAUUCGGAAAUCUCAUCCAUAGAACGAACAAUUAUCAAUAAAAUAAUUGAAGAAUUUAUAGCUAAAUUAGAAAUUGAAAUAUCAAAACAUUUAGAUGAUUUACAAAAAGAAAAGGUUUUUAUAAGUUGA